AUGGCCAUCGUCAUCAUGGAACCAGCGAAGGACAAGGCGUCAAUGUGCGUGGACGAGAUCCAGGUGAGGGAUGAUGGUGUCUACUUCCGUCUCCAGUGCGGCACCGUGCGCCUGGAGACGACGACCUUCCGUGCGGACUCGUUGCAGCUCACAGCUCUCGAGCCCGAGGAGUUCAUCAGCAAGGUGGAAUGCGUCGAGGACGGUCUGGAGAUCAGCUUCAACACCGGCCGCACGGGCCACAGUUCUGAUUCUUAA